UCAAAUCCAACCCACUCUGCUUUUGAGAGUUUCAUACAUUUUUGCAGUUCUAGUCCUCCAUUAAUGGCUUCCUCUUCCUCCUCUCCUGUGGCAAGAUCGAUUGUAUCUGCUAAACUGUAUGAUGUAUUCAUCAGCCACCGAGGCCCUGAUGUCAAAGAAACGCUUGCUAAACAACUGUAUGACCUUCUUCAGGAAAGAAGGUGCCAGGCAUUUCUAGACCGUGAAGAGAUAAAAGGGGGAGACUCUAUUCCAUCUGCCAUUCACAAUGCCAUAUGCUCAUCUGUUGUCCAAAUAGCCAUUUUUUCAAAAGGGUAUGCAGAAUCUUCAUGGUGUUUGGACGAGCUGGUUCUUAUGCUACAACAAACUGAUGCCCUGUUUAUUCCUGUCUUCUACGAUGUCAAGCCAUGGGAGCUACGGUACAUCGAGAACAAGAAUUCACAGUAUGCUGCAGCAUUUUUUUAUUAUCAAAGCCAAGGCAGGAAUCUUGAUAAGCUUCAUAAAUGGAAAAGCUCCCUUGAAUCUGCUUCAAAUAUAUCUGGUUAUGAACUUAGCCAGUAUCAAGACAAUUUGUGUGAGAAAAUUGUGUCUCGUGUGAUACAAGUAGUGCAAGAAAAGAAAAAUAGUAUAGCAUUAGAUGUUGCAAAAUAUCCGGUUGAACUUGCUAAACUCGUCCAAGAUUUUGAAAGGUCUUGUUCAAAGACAGAGACAGUGAGGGACAAGGUCACCAUAAUAGGGAUCUUUGGUCUAGGUGGGGUUGGCAAGUCUACCCUAGCAAAAGAAUUGUAUAACAGGAGGAAUUCAGGUUACCAUGCAUCAUGCUUUCUCUCUGAUGUGAGAGAAUCACAUGCCAAGGGUGAAUGCACUGCUUGCAAAGUCAGCUCUUAGAAGAUCUUUUCCCUAAAGAUCAAGAGAUAAAAGAACUAAAGAUUAGAAGUGUGCAUGAUGGAAUCGGAAAGCUGAAGUAUCAUCUGGGAAGGGCAAGACAUUUGCAUUUCCUUAUAAUUCUAGAUGAUAUAGAUCGUGAGAACCAGUUAGAUGCCCUUUUACCUGAAGGUAUGCUGAACUCUGGUAGUCUGGUAAUUAUUACAACCCGCGACCAGAGUGUGUUAAGGGAUGCAGAUAUCCAGUAUAAGAUGAAGGAAAUGGACAAGGAUCAUGCUUAAAUUCUCUUCUGUAGACAUGCUUUCCGUGGACAGGAUCCACCCAUUGCAUAUGAAAAAUUGGUUGAGAAGUUCGUGGAAUUCUGUGGAGGUUUACCUCUCUCACUCGAAGUUCUGGGUGCCCAUGUUUAUCGAAGGAAUGAACAUUAUUGGGGUUAGAAUUGGAAAAAGUAAGGAAAAUCCAGUCUAAGGAUGUAAUGCAAAGACUUAAAAUUAGCUUUGAUGGUCUAGACAGAGAGGAGAAACAUAUAUUUAUAGACAUAGCUUGUUUCUUCAAUAAGAAAGAACGAGUUGAUUUGAUGAGUGAUGUUAUAACAAUCUGGAAAGCAUCAGGUUGGAGUGCUGAGCAUGCAGUUAAAACCCUGCAAGAUAAGUGCCUGGUUGAACUGGUUAAGGAAGGGUUAUGGGGAUCCUAUCCACACUUCGAAAUGCAUGAUCACCUCCGCGAUCUGGGAAGACAAAUGGCAGAUGGCUUUGGCCCUCCUCGGCUGUGGAAACCAGACAUCCUUAGAUCUAUGGAAGAAAAAGGAUUUCAACACAUCCUGACAGAAACAAAGGGCAGGUGUUUCCAUUCGUUCGUGGAUUUGUCCCUUGGGAGGAAAAUUACUUAUUUUAUAGGUGGUUUAAAUGACUCUGUUGAGACUGACCUCCUGUUGCUUGACAUAGAUAACCGCCAUUACCUUGGUGGCGAAUUAGAAUGCAUUCUUUCCUGGAUUCCUCUGCGAAAAUUGCACAUUUUGUCUGUUAACAACGCGAAAGAUUUGUGGAGCAAUUUUCAGAAGCAGUUGCAGACCAAUACCCAGGCCAGUUUCGAGUUGAAAGUGCUAAAGAUUUGGUACUCUCCGUCGUUGAAAAAGCUUCCUGAUUUAAUAGCAAUGUUCCAUCAUUUGGAAGAAUUAUACAUAGGCAGUUCCUUCCACAAGACAGAUUUAGCAUCCUUCGCGCAAUCACUUAUACAACUUAGCAAUCUUAGAUCAUUGUCAUUGGAGAAUGCGUACGGCGUCUCCUUCGGUGGGAUUUUGGAUCUGAGCAAAGGUAGAGAUUCAACUAAUUUGGUUUCUUCUACAAGCAACCGCAUGAACAGCCUUGAAACCAUAUACUUCCACAAAUUACAUAAUAUUUCAAAGUUGCUAAUUAGUGGAGAGAUUAUCCCAGACUUCAAUCAUUGGUAGUUAAAAGCAUGUAUAAUCUAAAAGAAGUGCUCUUAGAGCAGCUAGAGAGACUGAAUACUCUUGACAUGUGGAAAUGCCCCAAAUUGGAAACAAUAUCAGGGUUAUCUUCUCUAACAGGGCUUCAGUCUCUUGCAGUGUCGAAGUGUGACAAAUUGAAAACAAUAUCAGAGUUAUCUUCACUAGCAGGGCUUAAGUCUCUUGAAGUGUGGAGUUGUCCCAAACUGAAAACAAUAUCUUCUCCAACAGGGGUUCAAAUGUUAAAAGUUAGAUUUCGGGAUUUAAAAAUUAGGAUGCCACCAGCUGCAGAGCGUAGGUGGGGUGGAAGAGCGGAAAUUGACGAGCGUGGGGAUGCAUACGCAUGGGUACUGAAUUGCCUUGAAGAACCGUGGCCGCUACAUAGAGGGCAUGCCGCUAUAACAGCAUUGGAUGGCAGUGGAUACAGCAUUGUUCAAGUUGAAUGAAAAUCUGUUUUCUGAUGUGAUCGACAGCCAAACAGUCAUUGAGAUUGAGAAAGGAGAGUAUUCCCUACAAAUGAAAAGCUCAUUUGGUGAAUUCUCUAUACAUGCUCUUCUUGUAAGGUCUGGUAGUAAUCCUUACAUAGAAUUUCAAUCUGAAAUCACGUAUUUGCAUCCCUUGCCAGUUGGAAGUGAAUUGAUGAUUACAGUUUUACAAACUCCGUAUAGCAAUGAUGUUAGGCUGAUAAGCGUCCCAAUAGAGAAGGGGUUUCGGGUCAGGGUGAAUGAAAGGGAAAAAGGGCAAGCUUUAAUUAUAUUGCAAAGGAUUAUUGAUAGAUUAUAUAAAAGCUGCCAGCAUAUGACGCGGUGAAGGAAAAACAAAGUAAAAAGCAUUGGUAAGUCUGAUUUACUUACUUUGACUGUCAGCUGUUCAAAAGCUUUGGUCAUCCUUGUUUUGCCAAAGUCUUCAAUUUCUAAUAUUUUAUGUAUGUAAUUUUAUCCUUUAUUCAAUUUGAAAAAAGAGCCUAUCAAUCUUGUGGAUUUUGAAAA